UUUAGGAAGCUCAUGAUUGAUCCAAGAGUCCACAACCUCGGCAAAGGAAUCCACAAAGAUAUACAAUAUCCAGGAAAAGGAGAACUUCCUAAGUACCAGAAAGACACCAAAGCCCUCUUUCACUUCCGAACUUAUAUCAACGACAAAGAACGGAAACUAAUUGAUGACUCUCGGGAAUGGGACGAACCAUUUGAGCUGCUGUUUGGUCACAGUUUCCAACUAGAAGCAUGGGAGAAUGGAAUCAAGUCAAUGAGGCCUGGGGAGAGGUCUAUGAUUUACUGCAUUCCUGAGAAAUGCCUUGGUUACACCAAGCUAUCUAAAACAUUGCGAGAUAUGCACAAGAAGAAGAAAGAUAAAGAUGCGGUUGUCACUAAAUCAUGUUGUGGAAACCAAUCUACUGGCUAUUGUGAUCUAGAUAAGCUUCAGGGACAAAGUCUGGUGUUUGAGUUUGAUCUGCUCUCAGUGGAGCAGCCUGGAGAGUAUACAAAACAAAUCUGGACAAUGAGCUCCGAUGAAAAGAGGUAUCUGGUUAUUGAACUAAAAGAGAAAGGUAAUCAGGAAUUUAAGGAGAAGAACUAUGAUGUUGCUGAGGAAAACUAUGCUAAAGCUAUCGGAACACUAGAUCAGCUAGCUUUAAAGGAGCAACCUAACUCUGAAGAAUGGAACAUUAUAGAAGAUAUGAAGGUGCCCCUCCUUCUCAACUACAGUCAAGUAAUGAUCUGCAAGAAAGAGUACGCAACAGCAGUUACUCACCUUAACACUAUCCUCAAACGUGAACCUAAGAAUAAAAAGGGUUUGUACAGACGAGCCACCGCCCAUGGUGGCUGCUGGAAUAUUGAGGAGGCGAGGAAUGAUUGGAAUGCGCUGGCGGAAGCGGACCCUUCUCAGCAGUCUCUGGUGACUAGGAGACUUCAGGAACUGGAUAACAGAAUCAAGCAGAAGGAGUCUGAGGAUCGCCAGAAGUUGAAGGGAAUGUUCUGAUUAGUGAGGUAAAUUAGACGAAGAGUGUUGUUAUGAAGGUGGCUAGCAUUGCCAACAUUGAACUUACUGACUUAUGACUUUCUGUGAUUAUUUGAAUUUGAAUACUUGUGUUUUGUGUUCCCCAUUUUCUGCGUUGAAUUACUGUUUCUAUGAACUGUGAAGUAUCCCGGUAUAAAUCCUGCAUAAAUCUCUGAUUUGUAAUCAGUCUUACUUAAUUUAUCUUGAUAAAUGUAAUUCAGUAAAAUAUCCUAUGAUUCAGUUUCACUUUAUAGAGAUUUUCCACUGGAGAUAUAAUUUAUGAAUAUUAUAACUUAGCUUUGGUGACCAACUGGUAACCUCGAUAUCAAUAUGUGAAUAGUACAGAGUAUCAUGUAUUUAUUAAAAUUGUAACAGAUAGGAAUUUUCCAAUGUUAUUAACACUAUUUAUAACCUUUCUAGAUAAUAAAGUAUAUUUAAUAAGUUGCCAAAUUUUGUUUAUUUAUCGAUUUCGAAUGAAUGAA